AUUACUUCCUGUUAAGUCAACUGUGCCGCAUUUACCCUUUCAUUUGGGCAUAAGAGAGGGAAAAAUGGAAAAAAAAAUAACAAAAAAAAUUUUCUUUUCCUCUUACUCUGCUCUUCUGUCAAGCAACAUGGAUUCCACACCUCACCUGGAAUCCCAAUUCCCGGCCUAAUCAUAUCCCAUAAACCCUAAAUUCACAAUCCCUCUUUCAGAAAAAUCUCAAAAAACAAAAAAAAAAAUCUGUUCUUUUCUUAAAAAAUCUCCUCCUUUUCUUGUCUUACUGUCACAUCUGUUUUCAGUGUGUUACAUCUUACCUGGGUGUUAUGCAUAGAUCUGGAGCAACGAUGGCGUGGAACGUUUUCAAGUUUUGUACAGCUCUGAAGGGUCUGGGCUCGAUCAUGAUCCUGUUGGUUUUAGCUGUCGUGGGUGUCACAUACUACUCUGUCGUUUUGAACAAUUAUGGCCCAGCUUUGUACCAUGGCGGCCUUGAUUCCCUUACUGCUGUUCUUAUCUUGGUCUUGUUUCAUUGUUUGUUGGUGAUGCUGCUAUGGAGUUACUUUUCUGUUGUUUUGACUGAUCCGGGUAGUGUGCCACCUAACUGGAGGCCAGCUAUGGAUGAGGAGAGAGGGGAGGCUGAUCUAUUGAAUGGUUCAGAGUUCAAUGGUUUGCAGCCAGACCCAUCAAAUCAAAGAAUUCGAUAUUGUCGGAAAUGCAACCAGCUGAAACCACCCCGCUGCCAUCAUUGUUCUGUUUGUGGGCGGUGUGUGCUGAAGAUGGACCAUCAUUGUGUGUGGGUUGUCAGUUGUGUUGGUGCACGAAAUUACAAGUAUUUCCUUCUUUUCUUGUUUUACACAUUUCUUGAGACAAGUCUCGUGGCUUUGGCCUUAUUGCCACAUUUCAUAGCAUUCUUUAGUGAUGGAGAAAUUCCUGGAACUCCUGGCACCCUUGCGACCACUUUCCUUGCCUUUGUUUUGAAUCUGGCAUUUGCAUUGAGUGUCUUGGGGUUUUUGAUCAUGCACAUAUCAUUGGUGGCUGCUAAUACCACCACUAUUGAGGCAUAUGAGAAGAAAACUACUCCAAAAUGGCGUUAUGACAUUGGUCGGAAGAAAAAUUUUGAACAGGUGUUCGGAACAGACAAGCGAUACUGGUUCAUUCCAGCUUAUUCAGAGGAAGAUUUACGGCGGAUGCCAGCACUUCAGGGUCUUGAAUAUCCAGCAAGGCCUGAUUUUGAUUCCCAGGAGUUCUAAAAAACUAAAAGCCUCCUCGACGCGUAGAUCAUUUUCUUGUAAUCAUAGAUACGGACGCCUUGCGCAUUGUCCCCUUGUAUUCUAACAGGUACAUUACUCCACAGCUGAUUUUGCCUUCUAACUGUUCAUUCCCACAGGCAUCUUUGUUUAGAAAUAACAGUAGGGAAAGAGUGAGUGAGAGAAUACCAGGGAAAGCAGCAUAUGGUUGUGAAAAUGGUGGGUGGCAGAUGGGCUGACAAUUAAAUAUCCAGAAACAGUAGGCUUAAGGUAUGGAAUGUAAUAUUUCAUGUUGUGAUAUUAAUUCAGUUCUUGUAGAUUUGUUGUACUGAUUUAGAAAUAUAGAGAAUGCAUUUGGAUUAUCAAUUUUGUUUGUUACUGCAAAAUUAUGUGUUCAUCUUAUUAUUUUUAAUUGGUCUUUCACAGCAGCUUACAGAUUAGAUAAACAA